CGUACGUAGCGGUUGUUCGAGUUCGAAGGCGCGGCGCGCGCCGCGAUACGUUAGGAACGUACAGUGUACAGUCGCAGUCGUCGCGAAGCAAGGUAGCAAGGAACGUGGUGAAUGUUCGACUGCCGACGUAAUUGGAUAUUGGACGUGACUCCCGGUUCUCGGAGUGCAGACGUGCGGACUGUGCGAAGUCGAGCGGGCGCGAAGAUUGCGAGCUGCGAGCGAGGCGGUUGACGACCAGUGCGCGAGAGACGGCCGCGUGAUGCGAACGUUUUUUUCGUAGCGCAUCGCGCCUCGCGAAAGCGUCGUCGUGAUCGUCGUUGCGAAGAAUUAGACGAGUGCAACGGCAGGAACAGCGAGUUGGCAAGCGCUAGGAUUUCGCCUUGCCAGUAGUAGAAAAAAGUCUAGGAAAUCACAAAAUGUGGAGCCCGACACACGUUCAAGUGACAGUUCAGAGGGCCAAGGAUUUACUAACUAAAGGAAAACACAAGACCAACGAUUGCUUCGUUACAAUCACACUCGGCAAGGAAAAGUACCAGACGUCGGUGAAAGAAAAGGCUACCAAGGACGUGGACUGGCACGAGGAAUGCGAGCUGUUGAUUCCAGAGCAAGGAAAUACUGCGGAAAUCGUCCUCACCGCUCUACAUCGCAACUUCCUGGGUGUCGAUGAAUUUCUUGGCAUUGUCAAUAUACCACUUUCCAGCUUCGACGUAUACGAGAGGCCCAGGAAUCGAUGGUACACUCUUAACAGUAAACCAGGCAAAGAGAACACGAAGGAGAGAGGCGAACUCGAAGUGAGGAUUGGCUUUAUCGUAAAAGCUGGAAGUCUGACCGACCUAAGUAAAAAGGAGCGUCACAAAAGCUCCUUGGGACAAUUGUCCACAGCUGCACAGACAAUCGGCGGUAGUUUGCUCAGUAUCGGCAGUCUUGAAAAACGCAAAGGCCUAAAGAAAUUAGCCAAAUCAAUUGGAAACAAAGUCAAAGGCAAGAGUAAGAAUCGGCUCGAUGGAAACAAUCUGAACGAGAAGGAGGAACAUGAGAUCAAAAUCACGCGACAAGAACCAGGUGAAGCUGAUCCUGGAGUUAUUAGUGAGGAUGAAGAUGAAUUCACAUUCGAUGAUUUAUCCCACAAAAGUUCGGCCUCAUCGCUGAAUGCACCCGUGCAUCCGGGUGUUAACGGCGGUAAUGCUAAUGGCAUUUCGAAUGGCUCGCAGAGCAAUGUCUUCAGCGAAGUGCACACGCCACCGGUGCCAAUUAACGCCGCUCCGAGCAAACCACCACGGUUUGCUAUGAGUGCGUCCACAACCAAUCUGUCAAAGGUCGAUAAUUUAACGAAGGAUGACGAAUGGGGUUUAAAACUCUAUGGCAAGCAGGCGAGCAGCGUGCCUAAAAGAUGGGACAGCAAACCUAAGAUUGUGGUGGACGAACCGAAAGAUAACAAACGCGAUGUAUCGCCUAUUCGUUCGACAUCACCGAUUACAUCGAGGUUGAAAGAUCUUCCGGAACCUCCCAGUCCCGCGCCGAGGGAAAUUCUUUAUUCAAAGAACAAAGAUGAAAAACUCACUGCAAGCAAGGAAAAACUCACUGCAAACAAAGAGAAAUUUGUGAAGGAAGAUAAACCGAAGGAUAAGAGGGAUGAGAAAUGUGAUCUACGAAAUCUCAAAGAGGAAAAAUAUAUGAAGAAAGACAAGAAAAAAGACAAGGAGAGCAAAUUCAAAGACAUUAAUGAUGAGAAUCAUCUGUCUUCCGAAAGGAUUAUUAUCGGCGGCGAAGAUGCCGUUCAGAACGCUACAAAUUUUAAAAGUCGCCUGCCGCACGAGGUCCUUAACCAAUUUGAAGGAAAAUCGAGAGAAGAUCUAAUAGAACUGGCAUUGCAACUGCAGACGCAAGUCACGGAGAAGAACAAGAGACUUACCGAUCUGGAGGAUUAUAUUGAUGCGUUGCUGUUGCGUGUGAUCGAAUGUUCUCCGCGAUUACUUCAAAAUCCAUAUCAGAGGCGAUUAUCAUCUCCUGGAAAUCAGUAAAUCGAUAAUUCGUGAUGAAGCUUUUUCUAUCUCCACUUGGGUACCAUUCCCUUUUAAUUUCUUAGUGAUACAUUUACUAGACAUGACUGAUAAGUCGCAAGUGGCUAUUUGUUAUUAACAUUGUUCUAUGUUCUAAUUUAUUUUCUUUUAUGCAUUAUAACUUGAAGAAAAAGAUAACGUUCUUGUAGCAGCGUUGCGAAAUUUAUUUCCUGUAUUUAUUUAUGAGUCCCGCGAGAAUAUAAUCGUAGGACAACCAAGUGUGUGAUAAUAAGUAAAUAGUAAUUCCCUUAUUAUCAGAAGCUAUUAUAUUUAUUAUCAAUACGAACAAAGAAUAGGGUGUGGGAUGAUGCCAGUUAAAAAUAAUUUACAUUUCGUAUAAUCCCCUGUCUUCCCAGUAAACAAAACUAUCGAAGUUUGUCUCGUUCGCUAUUGAGAUUUCCGUCCAAUUGACAUUUGUAAGGAAACGUAGCGAACACGACUGUAUCUCUUUUUUUAUUAUUAUCUGUUAUAAGUAGGCUGCGUUCGGGGAGCGCGCUAUCAACGCUAUUUGUGUCAUACUAUCCUUUCACGUUUAAUGGACGAUGAAGAUGAAAUGACACAAAUAGCGCUAAUAGCGUCUCCUCGAAUCCAGCCAGAGAUUUCUAUAUUUAGACUGUCAAUUCGCCGCCAUGUUUGAAGAUAACUUGACAGCCCAAUAUUCAAAGUACAUGUACUCUCACAUAUAAAUCAUACAAAUAAUAACACAUGUGCAUAUGUGAACUAAAUUAAGGAUAAACUCAGAAUUAGAUUCAUUUCUUUUUAUUACAUAGGAAUCAGCAAUCUAAAUAUAGAAGUCUGUAAUUAUAAGUUAUCUAUAUCUAAAAACAUUUUAUAAGGUGAGUAAAAGUUCUAAGAUGUGGAACUUCGCGAGAUAAAUACAGGAAAACACGUGCCUUCCAUCGUGUACAUGUAUACACUCACAAUAAAUCGAAUCAUGCCUUGUUAAUUAAAGCACUGUUUAAUUGCAAGCAUUGAAUAAAGAUAAUAUAUGAAUGUUCGAUGUGGUA